GUAUAUGUAACACAGAGAAAAUAUAUAUUAUAUUGACGAGCAAAAAUAUGCACUGCAUCUGUCAUGAGUUUAACAACUUUAAUGAGCGCUACAAGUAGCCUGUGCUGCUGUUUAUUAUCCCAGUGGCCACCAAGAGCCAUUAGCACUGAUCAGCUCAUGUAGGAACUCAGCUUCACUCUGCUUGAGCUCACUUUUAAAAUCGUAUGCAGUUUAAGGGCGUCAAAAUUGUAGCAUUUCCUUCAAAUAACAUCAGUUGGUCUGUUUAACAGUUAAAAACACCGGCAGCUCAAAUGAGCUCGAAGGCAGGCAGGAUUAAACGCACCAAAAAUGUGCGCAAUUUGGAUUGGCAUGAUACGCCUUCACUCGCGCAAUCAAUAAUCGACGAGCAGCCAAAUAUUAUAUCUGCCGGGCGACAGUUAGACAGGACACCUCCAUCUAAAAGUGAAGGAGUAACAACAAGCCCCCCCAGCAAACCAGAUGGUUCUCCAGCGUCAGAACAAGGGCUCAAAGAUGAGCCAUGUGGCCAGGAAAUAACGAAACCCCUUUCUUGUAAUGGAUCUAAUGAAGUUCUCCAGCAUCCUAAAGUUAAAGAUGAGAGGAAGUCGGUCAGGAGGUCAAGUUCUACCGCUGCAUCGGCAAACUCUGGGAAUCCCGAUCCUGAAAUCUUCAUCCAGGGAAUGCAGGGGUACAAAUGGACCGACACAGACCUGGAGUUUGUCUAUCAAACCAAACGGAAAAAGCGAGUUCAACAGGCACAGCAAGAGUUAAGCGACUUGAAGAAGUCUCUGAAGAGCAUGAAACAAAUGCGGGACAUGGGCUUUGCUGCGCUUGACAAAAUACAAGCAGAGCUUUCUAAGGUGGCGUCGUGUGAACGUUUACAGCAAAUUUCUAAGGAAAUACUUCUGAGGUCCCAGAGCUCUAGUCAGCUGGAAGGGCUUGAUCUUAAAGCGCUCCUUGCCAAGCUAAAGGUUGCUGAUGUGCUCUGCACUACUGCUGAGGAGAAGGCAGAGGUCAGCAAACUCAACAAAGAGCUGGAAAAAGCACAAGUAUCGAGAGAAAAGGAGGAGCUACUCAUGAAGGACAUUGACAGUUUCAAGGAAACCAUCAAACAAAUCAAGGUAAACGUAGAUGCGCUGAAAGCAGAAAUAUCUGCUCUGGAAUCCCAGCUGUCCUGUAAAGAGGAGACACCACAGUCAUCUAAACCACGGCAAAAAGGCAAGAGAGCCACCAAACCCUCUACUGCCCCUAAACACCCUUCAGUCCCCAAACCUCCCGCCUCUUCUUCUACUCCAAAAACCUCCAAAGUUCCUGCUCCAAAAACCACCAAACCUACUGCCACCCUGAGAACCCAGAUUGCAUCCAAACCUCCUGCCUCACCUCCUGUGCUAAAAACCUCUAAAGCUCCUGCUCCAAAACCCUCCGAACAUUCUCCUGCUCCAAAACCCUCCGAACAUUCUCCUGCUCCAAAACCCUCCAAACUUACUUCUGCUCCUGAUGCACCAAAAACCUCCAAACCUACUGCCACCCUGAGAGCCCAGACUGCAUCCAAACCAUCUGCCUCACCUCCUGCAAUAAAAACCUCUAAAGCUCCUGCUCCAAAACCCUCCGAACAUUCUCCUGCUCCAAAAACCUCCAAACCUACUUCUACUCCUGAUGCACCAAAAACCUCCAAACCUAUUGCCACCCUGAGAGCCCAGACUGCGUCCAAACCUCCUGCCUCACCUCCUGCGCUAAAAACCUCCAAAGCUCCUGCUCCAAAACCAUCCAAACUUACUUCUGCUCCUGUUGCACCAAAACCCUCCAAACCUACUGCCACCCUAAAAGCCCAGACUGCCUCCAAACCUACCACUGCCCCAGAAGCCCAGGAGGGUGAUGUCGGAGGCCUCCGCCGCUCAAAGAGAAUUGCUGGUAAGAAAAAGUAGAGGAGAAUCAGUAGAAGAUCAGUUAAUUCCUCCAGCUCAUGAAGUUGUUUUCAUAUGUUCUUACUCUCAUUCAGGACAGACCUAUUUUUGAAAACGUUUUAAUUUGCAAUUAUGUAAUUUACAGUAGACUUUUAGACUUGGAGGGAGUAGUUUGGUGCUCUCUAGUGAAUAUUUUGAGUUUAGCAUUUACGGACACUCGAUGGUGGAAAUCAGAUAUAAUUCUGUCUAAUGGUAUAACCAUAAAAUAAUGUUGUAUUUUUGUUGUUCCACAUGUUAAGAGUGUUUUUUUUUUUCUUAGAAGAUGAAUAAACAUUUUUUU